AUGGAGGGAGAAGAUAAGAGGAUUGCAUUUUUACAGAACGUGACUUUAAAGACACUAAAGUUGAAGCCGGACAAAUGGCAGAAGUUUAUUGCUGGGGAGGAAACCCGAAUUUUGAUCGGCAACUUCAUUGAAAAAUCCGACAUCAAUAGCCUUGUUAUUUCUCUAAAUGCUGCAUCCCAACUUGUUUGCAGCCUUGAGUUUCCGCAAACAAUUAAAAACAAAGCUGUAUAUUUUAUCAAGAAGGAUAAAGAGGUUAUUACAAAAGACAAUAUAAAGAAUGUAUUUAUUGGAGACGUCGCGAAUUCCCCAGUGGACGCUACAAUCGGCGCAAUUGAGGGGGUGAGUAAUGUUAGGCCAGGCCGCCUAGCUAGGCAAAUGUCAACUACAGUCCACAUGCCAAUGCUUGACUUGGACUGAAAUAGGUGCCGGUACUGUUUAUAUUUAGGUGCAGGAGCUCCACAAUACUUUUGAGCUAAUAUUCUAGCUACAAGAGGAACAGCAGCUCAAGCAGUAGUUAGAACAUUUGAGGUGCUGGUACUCGGCUGCAGUGAGCGCCUACCCAAGUCAAGCACUGGUUGUAGCUAUUGAUAAAUUAAACGGUCGCUCAUAAAUUAAACAAGUGUUUCUCUAGAUUGCUUACCCUCUACACACCAACAAAGACAACACCAGAUGCUGGCCCAGGGUGGUUUCAGAUGAUGUGUCUCGCCAUGCACACAAACUGAAGAAUGAAGUGUUCGUCGUUGGAGGUCAAAUCAAAGGCAGAACAUUCCUGCCAUUACCAGCAAACGCAGAUGCUCUUGGAGAUUCAGAAUGCACCUACCGGUAUUAGACUGUCACCUCCCCUAAAGACUCAAAUCGCAUAAAACAUUGACCGUUGAAAAUAAACAGUGCAUUAUCUCCUUUCCCCCAAUACAGGCUCUCUCAUUCCAUUGACAGUAAGUUGAUGCAUGCCUUUGAGACGGUGAUAAUCGACUGGACACACCAGGUGACAGAGGUUCUUAGUAAAGACUCUGCCCAGCCGAUCCUGGACGGUCUGAACCCACUGCCCAGAGUGGAGUUUGAUUUCUGGAACAACAGACUCAUGAACCUGGAGUGUAUUUAUGCACAGGUACCCUAUUUUACAAUAUGAAAGAUGAUAUUGUUGUUGUUUGAAACAUGUGUCUUUGUGUGCUGUCAGUGCUGAAGCUGUCCAUGGUUCUGAUUGGGUUAGGCCAACAAUGGGUGGUGCUGAAUGGACAGCGAAAGGGGACCUGCAUUAGCUAACUAAGGCCUGGAUUCAAUCAGAUCAAGCCUUAACCAAGCCUGAUGACUCACACUAAAUUAUUCCGUUGAUCUGUCGUUCUCUACAUACUUUAGUCUGAGACUGCCAUCAUUGAAGUCGUUUGUGAUGAGGAGAGGCGUUGAACAAAACAACGUCAUAAGCGAUUGGAUCAGCUCUAACCAAUUAGAGUAUCAAAGCCAAUGACACAUUUUCAAACCGCCGCUUUACCCACGUGUGUUCUGGCUCUGGCCCAACCCAUUAUUUUCUGGACCAAUCAGAUGGCCCCGAAUGUGCUCCCAUUUGGUGAAGGGUUGGGUAGGUACUCAGAUCGAGACUCAUUGUGGUGAAGAAACUAACAUCCGUGGGUGCAGCGUAGUGUUUGGCCGGAGCAAGGAGUCUGGAUAGCCAGUAAUAACCAGUGUUAACCAGCGUUGGCCGACAGCUGCAUAGCAGUAGUGGUGCACGACUCCAGGAUUUUUGGAGUUGACUCCGACUCCUGUGGUUGGAGUUGAAGGAGUCGACUCUUGCUCGACUCCGACUCCUGUGGUCGGAGUUGAAGGAGUCGACUCUUGCUCGACUACCAAAACAUGCUGAAACGGAUGCGCACACAUGUACACACCACCUCAUUAUUGCAGAGUCCGACUAGGAAGACAACAUUUGCGUUCUAGAGGACUGACAUGAGCAUGAUGCUGCCCAUUUGCUCAGCAACUUAGCCUAUAAAAUGCCUAUUUUGUUUGAAUAUAGAAGGUGAUGUCUAGGAACUAGAAUAUUUCAGAGAUAUUUCUGCUGUGCGCAGGAUCCCAUGGGUGCACUCUACACUGAUAAGCCUAUUAUUUGCCAUGUUAUAGCCGUAUCCAGAGGACGAUUCACACAGGAUAAUGUUUUCCUAAUUGCCCCCUGUAAUUCUUUAUUUUUUUCAAUUUAAUUGACUCUUAUGACAGAAGCCUGGAGGUUUUUAUUUUAGGGGUGAAGAUAUUUCAACAUCAUGUGUAGACGUUAAUAGUCUACACUGAUAACUCGUGCUUGGCUGCCAAAUGUAUAGGUGUCCCCAUAAUAUUUAAAUUGAUGAAGUGUGAUCAUAAUCAUUAUUUUAGCGAUCCAUGGUAGAUGUCCUUCCUACUAACAAUGCCCCCAUCCUGCUGAUUUAAGCUGCUGAAGCGCAUUUGCACUUGAGAUGUGUUUAUAGAUGAGAAAGUGAACUUGUCAUUUCCAAAAACUUUAGCGGGAAUGCCCUGCUUUGCGAUCUAUUGCCUAGGACAGGGCUCUCCAACCCUGUUCAUGGAGCGCUACAUUCCUGUAGGUUUUCACUCCCACCCUAAUCUAGCGCAUAUGAUCCAAUAAUUAGCUUGUUGAUAAGCUGCAUCAAGUUAGUUACAACUGGGGUUGGAGUGAAAACCUACAGGAAGGUAGCUCUCCAGGAACAGGGUUGGAGAACCCUGACCUAAGACAUCAACAGCCAGCCAGGGUUUCAUUAAAUAAGCUUUAGGCACAAUACUUUUUAUUGCACAUUUAGGCCUAAUUAAACUGAUGCAUUUGGCGAUGUUCAACUUCAAUUCACUGGCACUAUGAAGAAUAGCUUAGCCAUACUCAUUGAUAGCCUAAUAUAAACUUUAAUAUACACUAGCAGUCAAGAGUUUGGAAACACCUACUCAUUCAAGGGUUUUUCUUUAUUUCUUACUAUUUUUUACAUUGUAGAAUAAUAGUGAAGACAUCAAAACUAUGAAAUACCACAUAUGGAAUCAUGUAGUAACCAAAAAGGUGUUAAACAAAUCAAAAUAUAUUUUAUAUUUGAGAUUCUUCAAAGUACCCACCCUUUGCCUUACUGACAGCUUUGCACACUCUUGGCAUUCUCUCAACCAGCUUCAUGAGGUAGUCAUCUAGAAUGCAUUUCAAUUAACAGGUGUGCCUUCUUAAAAGUUAAUUUGUGGAAUUUAUUUCCUUCUUAAUGCGUUUGAGCCAAUCAGUUGUGUUGUGACAAGGUAGGGGAGGUAUACAGAAGAUGGCCCUAUUUGGUAAAAUACCAAGUCCAUAUUACGGCAAGAACAGCUCAAAUAAGCAAAGAGAAACGACUUCAGAGAGAAACUUCACAGAGUUCAAGUAACAGACACAUCUCAACAUCAACUGUUCAGAGGGGACUGUGUGAAUCAGGCCUUCAUGGUCGAAUUGCUGCAAAGAAACCACUACUAAAGGACACCAAUAAUAAGAAGAGACUUGCUUGGGCCAAGAAACACGAGCAAUGGACAUUAGGCCGGUGGAAAUUUGUCCUUUGGUCUGCAGUCCAAAUUGGAUAAUUUUUUUUUGGUUCCAACCGCCGUGUCUUUGUGAGACGCGGUGUGGGUGAACAGAUGAUCUCUGCAUGUGUAGUUCCCACCGUAAAGCAUGGAGGAGGUGUUAUGGUGUGGGGGUGCUUUGCUGGUGACACUGUCUGUGAUGUAUUUAGAAUUCAAGGCACACUUAACCAGCAUGGCUACCACAGCAUUCUGCAGUGAUACGCCAUCCCAUCUGGUUUGGGCUUAGUUGGACUAUCAUUUGUUUUUCAACAAGACAAUGACCCAACACACCUCCAGGCUGUGUAAGGGCUAUUUUACCAAGAAGGAGAAUGAUGGAGUGCUGCAUCAGAUGACCUGGCCUCCACAAUCCCCCGACCUCAACCCAAUUGAGAUGGUUUGGGAUGAGUCGGACGGCAGAGUGAAGGAAAAGCAGCCAACAAGUGCUAAGCAUAUGUGGGAACUCCUUCAAGACUGUUGGAAAAGCAUUCCAGGUGAAGCUGGUUGAGAGAAUGCCAAGAGUGUGCAAAGCUGUCAUCAAGGCAAAGGGUGGCUAUUUGAAGAAUCUCAAAUAUAAAAUAUAUUUUGAUUUGUUUAACACUUUUUUGGUUACUACAUGAUUCUAUAUGUGUUAUUUCAUAGUUUUGAUGUCUUCACUAUUAUUCUACAAUGUAGAAAAUAGUAAAAAAUAAAGAAAAACCCUUGAAUGAGUAGGUGUGUCCAAACUUUUGACUGGUACUGUACUUUUAGUCAAUUUACGAGGCAUUGCAAGACAAGACGUUGCGAGAUACAGAUUACCAAGAUAUAGCCUAUGCGCACGGUUCCGACUGUGUCUGCCUGCCCCGAUCCUCUCUCCCUCGCUGGCUUGCCUGCUCUUUCUCUUUGCAAUCAAAAACGAUAGUGUGUGUUUCGUCUUCGGUCUGUUGCGUGAAGAAUCGCUCAGCCUACUCAUUGAUAGCCCCCACUUUAGUGAACUUGCGCGAGACAUUGCGAUAGUUCGACAUUGCGAUAGCCUAUACAUCUUUUGAUUACCGAUGCACGGUUCUGACUGUGCCUGGUGGCUGUCAUGCCUACCUAUGGCUGUGCCCCUCCCUCUCUCUCCCUCCCUCGCUAGCUUGUGCUUUGCUGGUAAAGAUGCAAGAGUUUGUGUUCUCGGAUGUAGACUAUGGCAAAUAGUUUCCUCCAUUGCAGAAAUACUGAAUCUUAUGAGUCGAGGAGUCGAUUCCGCUGACACCCACAAACGGGAGUCGACACCGGGAGUCGGCGGGCAAGGAGUCGAGGAAUUGAUUAUUUUGGAGUUGACUCCCCACCACUACAUAGCAGAUGUUUUGGUGGUGUCAUUCACUUUCAAUGGAAGGAAAGCGAGAGUGGGCGGGGGAACCGUUGAGCGACACGAGCAUGGGCGAGGGAGCUGAACAGGGCGGGACUGGGCGGGACUCUCGAAAUGUGAAACAACUAAAUUGGCUAGUUCAGCUAUCUGUCAAGAAAUGGGCGGGUUGUAACUUGAUCCUACUGCUACGAUUGGAUAGAGCGAGGCUGUAACUCCGCUCCCUUUCACAUCUUCCCAUCGCUCAUAUCACUUGCUGCUCAUAUCACUUACUGCUGUUUACUGCUACUAUGAGAAUUAGCUCAAUGGUGUAAAGCCAUAAAUGUGCAUAAUAUUUAACAAGGAGAGCGAGGGGAGGAAAAAUGAUAAAACAAUGACGCACGUUCUGUCUGAAUGACUCAAAUCUGCCCAUAGUUUGAGAAGUGAGAACGCACACACGCACACUGAUCUAUAGCUUUCAUGGUCCAUAAACAUGCAGGAAGAUUCUUAGGUAGCUAAACCUAUUGCCAACCUUUAUUUAGGCAUUUUAAAACACUUUAUUCUUUCCCUAUUACGACAAUCAUCUAAUCCAACUAUCAAUUGUCAAUUUACAGAUACGAUUGCGGAUGGUUGAUUUUGGUCACUGUGUCAAUUCAUCUAAUUCUCAAUACUGCACCUUUCUGUUGUAGAAUGAGCUAGCUUGCUGCUGAUGAUUUUUCCAGCUAGACAUUCCUCGGCAUUGUGCAGUGCUCGUGGCCCAGGUGGUGAGUGGCGGCUGGCAUAGCAGCAGUUUUGCUAUGUAGAGGGACUAUCGGCAAAGCCGAUAGAGAAGGGCCGAUUAGGCUCCUUUAAGAGUACAUCCUGGGCUAGGUAUGAGCUGACAUAUCGGUGAGCGGCUGCUCUUGUGUGUCACAAACUACUCCCUUCCUUAUUAUACCUACUGCGUUAGAAGUUCUAAACGGUGCUAGUAGAAAUAGCAGGCUGUAUCGAUGUUAGCAAUAAUGACUCUCGAAUGUCAAACUAUUGAUGGAGGAUUUAUGCCUAUCAGUCUAAUUCGAGUGUUUGAAUUUGUAACGCGGCUGCAUGAACCUCUAACGCGGCUGCAUGGGCUUUGUCGGAUUAUAGUCUGUGUGGUUUAGUUGUAUCCAAUGGCAGUGUCUGCGAUAAGGUAAGGUAACGCAACGAGCCGCUUGUGGAUUUGACAGCUCUAAUGCAGUUCCACCUCCGACACCGCCAAAACAACGCUAUGCGGAUGUCAGUCUGAUUGAAUGAAGCCCUAACUCGAGCAGGUAUCAGGAGUGUGAAUACCGAUAGGUCAACUGGUCAUGGUCCUUUCUUUCUUCUGUAGUUGAUGGAUCCAAAAGUGCGCAAGAUGGCAGAAAUUGUUGAAAAUGCAUCAAGUACCUACUGGCCAGCACUGAAGAGUAUCUACAAGGAUAUCAAUGAAGGUAAAACAAAGUUUUCACUAACUCAGAUUUCUCUCUCUGAACACAAAUGGUUGUUGACCUGCAUGCAUUUUAUGUUAUGCCACCCUCCUCCACUGUAGGUCGGACGGAAGCACGGGAUAUUGUGCUUUAUCUGAAGCCACUGCAGAAGAUACUUGAUGAGAUUGACCAGUUGGAGUACUCACAGGUGAAAACAGCUUCAUGUGUCCAUCCUAUUAACCUUUUCAACCUUUACUUUACACCUUUUCCCUCUGUCCUAUUUGCAGCUGCCAACCUACGUGGGAGCUGUGAUGCACACGGUGUGUCUGACCUGGGCUAACUCAGAGCACUACAGCCACCCUGCCAGGAUCAUUGUCAUCCUCCAAGAGAUCUGCAACCUCUUCAUUGAUAUGGUACUUGGCAGUGAUGUUUUUUCAAAGUGCAUGUCUUUUCAAUGUCUUUUCAAUAACUCCAAUCAGAAUAUACUAGCUCUUACCCCCUAGUCCCCUCCCCUAGACACUUCUCAGACCUAGCCCCUACUACACAAACACAUUUCACCUAGACACUGUCAAAGUCUAAAUAAAACAGCUACAUACAUUCAUAAUUUGAAGACUGUCCUCCUGUGUGCUGCAGACGAGGAACUUCCUGGGUCCAGAGGAGGUGAUGAAGGGCCUUAUGGGGGAGAUCGUCGAGAUUCUGGGAAACAUCAGGAUGAGCAUUGUCACCUUGGUGACCCUCAGAGAGACUUACGACCAGUGCAAAGUUGACAUGGACAAAUACUUCAAAGUCAGUAGACAUUCUUACACUCUCACCUAUUUUCCAUCACUCAAGACAACAUUUAAUCAAACCUUCAAGUGUUACAACUCUAUGACUAAAGUAAAAUAUCUUGGUACUGUUGUGUGUUCUAGAAUGGAAACUCAAAGAACUGGGAUUUCCCUUCACACCUGGUGUUUACCAGGCUGGAUGCCUUCCUGCAGCGUCUACAGACCAUAGAGGUACACAUACACACACACACACACACACACACACACACACACACACACACACACACACACACACACACACACACACACACACACACACACACACACACACACACACACACACACACACACACACACUAGGCUGACCUGUGUCUGGUAGGAGGUGUAUGCGGUGUCAGUGGAGCUGCUAAAGCUGGAGAAGGUGGACAUCCAGGGGGUCAGAGGCAGCGCCCUGGGAAACAUGGUCUUCAACAUCUACGAGGAGUUCCUUAAUCUCAUCAAGAUAUUUGCCGAGUGCAAAUACGACGCCAUUGACACAGGCAACAAGGUAACCAACCUUGGCUCUGGCCGAAAGUAGUGCACUACUAGGGAAUAUGGUGUAAUGUCACAUGCUGAGCCAGAGCCAGCUGUGUUGUUCAGAGUUGCUCCUCUUUCCCUCUCACUCAGAGCUUUGAUGAGAACUUCAGGAAGUUCCAGGACCAGAUCUUAGACUUUGAGAGACGGUUAGGCACCAUCCUGUGCCAGGCUUUUGAUGACUGUGCCUCCACAGAGUCUGCUGUCAAGGUCAGUCUAAUGUAAGGUGUUCUGAUACCUAAAGUAUGUACAGGAGUGAAAGUCACUCUUCAAAACCUCCUCCCAUUUCCUCCUGCAUGUAGAUGUUGGACAUGUUUGGCUUCAUCCUGGAGCGCCCUCACAUCCAGAACCAGAUCUCGUCUAAGUACAAGGAGCUGGUGGAAAUGUUCAGCUCAGAGCUGGACCGCACCAAGCUGGUGUACGACGCCCAGAUGGCAGCCGUGGAGGCAUGUAAAGGCAUCCCGCCCAUUGCCAAAAACAUGCCCCACGUCGCCGGGCAACUCAAUUGGGCCCGGGAGGUACAAGACCGCAUCCAGAUCCCCAUGAAGCACUUCAAGGCUAUCCACCACCCGUACGUGCUGUAG